AUGCCGCCUUCUACUGUCUUCUCAUACUGGCGCCGCGAUCAUCGCCGAUCCAGUGCUCCCCCCGUCUCCUCUUCUGCGAGGGUUAAUGGCGCAAGCAACGUUCCGCAGCUCCCAGUCAUCCCUACUUCGACGGCACUGCCGACUACGUUCAGUUCGGAAGAACCAGAUACCCAGGUGUCGAGCAAUUAUCAUGCGGAAAUUGAUUUGAGCAAAGACAAUGUCGCCGUAUCUGCUGCUGCGAUCAAUGCUCCGUCCUCUUGCGCCACCCUUGCGGUACCGUCCUCCUCCUCCGAUAAAGAUGUUCGCCUCCAUUCAAGUCCCGAAGAACGAGAAAGAGAUUUAUCCCUAACACCACGAUCGAAUUACUCGCAGCGAUCCUUCCCUGGUUCACGGCCGGACCAGGUCGAGGGCGACUCAUCUAAGCCGAAUUCACCCUUCCGGCUCUCAUUCGGAAAAGGACUGUUGAACUCCCAUUCACAAUCCUCCGCCAGUCAUCUGAAGCGUUCAUCUACCCCCGACAUGGCGCAAUUAGGCCAUUUUCGCUCCAAGGCACCCCCUGAUGAAUACGCCACCGAAAGGACAAUAACACCGCGAAGGGACCACAAACAGGAGAGUACAAUUAGCCGCCGGCAAGGGGAUCGGGAUGCUUCUACGGAACCUGUCCACCACAAAUCGGGGAAGGCGAUGCUUCAUCUCUUGAACCCCAUGUCCCUCUUGGCUAGAAGACGUUCUUCCCAGGUAGCGGGCCGGGCGGAGGAUGCGAAUAUCAGGGCCCGUAACGUAAUCCCUGCCAUACCAGACGACUAUGACCCCAGAAUACGUGGAAACAUUGUUCAUGAUUUCUCCGCUCCUCGACCUCGUCGGAACCUGUCCGCAGCACCUGUUCUACUACAUGGCGUGUCUAACCGACAUAGUUCGCACGAACCGUCCCAGGCGGCCAACGGGACACAGGGUUAUACUAAUGAUUUGACAGUCCCUGUGAAUGACCAGAGAAAGAGACAUAGUGAAUACUCUCCUGUCUUUAGAGAGCACUUUGAAGAAGACCAGAAAGCACUCCAGGUUGAGAAUAAAGCUUAUUUGCAGUCCUCCCUGUUAACCGACCCAACCCAUCAUGAGAAUGAUGCGAAGUCUGUUCCUGUCUUUGCCCGGAACCUACCAUCGAGCCUACCAGACCCUGAUAGAGAACCUCAUGCUACCGAUAACAAUGCCUCUACUAAAUGCCAAGACGUUGAACCGACAAAUGAUGCCGCGCCACUGGAUGCAGACAUUGUCGAGAUAGUACCACAUCAACCAUUGGGGCUACCAAAACAUCUCAAGAGUAACGCGUCUCGAUUCAGCUUUGAUAUGAAUGGUGUGGAAUCCUCAACGCAAGAAAAGCUAUUGGAAGAAAAACAUAAAGAGAAGGAAGCUGCACGAAGGGCCAAAGCCCGACUCAACGGAGAAUUUAGCGAUGCAGAUGACGAUUUUGAUAAUGAUCUUAUAGACGACAUGGAUGACCUGGAGGAAAAAAUUCCAGGCGUCAAUGUUGAUGCAGAUGAGGAAUAUGACUUCGAGGACUUUUCCGGGCCGGGGGACAUCUUGAACAAAUCGUGGCUUGCCCCUGGCUUGUCCCCGGUAAUUGCUAGUCCGAGUAGUCCCAAUGCCCCGAGCAUGGCUCCUUUCCCGAACGCUCAAGGUGACCAAGUCUUGGCUCCUGAGCCUGAGAGGAGCCAGAGCUCUUCUAUGUGUGAUCCUGCAGCUGUGCAUUUGAACAACGAAUCACUCUCCGACCGUGAAGCAGAGACUUUGCCGCAGCCGCAGACUGCGCCUUUGGCGGUGGCCCCACAAAUGGCAACUAACGCUCAUCUGAAUACCUCACAACUAGCCGUUGACGAGGACGACGAUGACUUGUAUUUUGACGAUGGAGAGUUUGGCGAUCUCGCUGCUGAUAUCGAAGGCGAAAAAUUUGAUGAAUCAAUAUUCGAUGAUGAGACAAGUCACCUGUAUGAUCGCAAGCCGGCAGCCCAAAGAGCCGCAUCUGUUCGGCAGGAGGAGCCAAACCCUGGCAUUAGAGAUGUUCUGAAUGAACAUGAUGGACUUCCCGGACACGAUGGCGGCCUUAAGCAUGUUCCAAGCAUGGCGAGUGACUACCGAGAAGUGGUCCCCAGGAGGUACGGCCAUGAGGAGGAAGUAAUACCCGACGUGGGGCCAGCGAAGUCGUAUGGGGGUGUAUUGUCGGAACACAACCUAGAGGCACUGCACAAUGCUCUGGCCAAGGCAGCCAAUGACUCUGCCACUACUGACAGAUUUGGACGCAGCAUCAGUGUUAGUGAACAGUCUCUGGGCCAUGAAAGCGUCACGCAGACUGUGGAUUCUCAUUCGGGGCUAGUGUCAGACGACAGCCGCUUGAGCCAGCUGGCCGACGCAGUAGGCGUCGAGUCCGUAUUUGAGGAUUUUGAUUAUGAUGACAAUGAUGCUGCUCUUUAUGAUGACCCCAUCAUCGCCGCUGCCAACGCGGAGGCGUUGGAGAAUGAUGACGAAGGGUUUUACGGCCAGGAAUUCGGAUUUUAUGCACAGGCCUAUGGUAAUUGUACCUCAGAGCUCACAAAUGGCGGGUACUUUGGACCACGCGGGAUUGAAGGUAUUACUCGCAGCUUUAGCAGCCGUGGCAAAUUCAGGGAACCCAGUUUAACACCCAUCACCGAACGAAGCGAGUGGAGUACGCGCAAUUCGGUCAUCUCAUUAGCCGCUCACGGAGCGGCGCACUCGAAUCCACUGUCGAGCCCUGGCCUGGCCCAGCUGGUGGACAUGGGGAGUAUCGAGGAUGAAAUGACGCUCAGCGCGUUAUUGAGGCUCCGGCGUGGUGCCUGGGGUGGGAGCAAUGGAAGCCUCCGCAGUAGUAGCGGAAGUCCACCUCCACAUCCGCACCCUUCGUCGAACCGUGGAAGUUUCACUGGUCUUUCUGACGUGAGUCCAACAGUCUACAAUGCUCCUCCGGAUGCCUUCGGUGGCACAAGUGCGACUGAUUCUCCCAUUGACAAGUGGGGACCACCACAUAUCCUCUCCCAGCAACCAAAGAGUAUUGAAGGUGAAUGA